AUGUCUCACUGUCACGAUGAGCAUGCGGGGCACGGCCAUGAUCAUCACGACCAUGAACAUGAUCAUACCGACGACCUUACCCCAGCAAUUCAGUUUUCGCUUUACGAGCAAGUCAACUUUGAUGAAAUCAUCACUCUGAAUGAGUCACGACGAGACGCGGGCAAGGCGAUUGUGAAGAAGACCUGGGCAGAACGACUGAAUGUCGAGCCUGAGUUGGAAAGCGAUGCCGAUGAACAGAUCUUAAUGACCGUGCCCUUCACAGCCCAGAUCAAACUGCACUCCAUCCUCCUGCGCACAUCCCCGAGCCCGUCGGCGCCCAAGACGCUCCACGUCUACAUCAACCGGGACGACAUGGACUUCUCGGCGGCCGAGGACGCGACCCCCGUGCAGAAGUUUGAGCUGUCGCAGACGUCGGACGUGCAGGAGAUCCCCGUCAAGCGGGCGCUGUUCGGCAAGGUGCACCGGCUGGUGCUCUUCUUCGUGGACAACUUUGGCGACGGUGACGAGGACGUGAGCAGGGUCAGCUACGUGGGCUUCAAGGGCGAGUGGACGAAGCUCGGCAAGGCGCCCUCCAACAUCCUGUACGAGGCGGCGGCACAGCCCGGCGACCACAAGGUGAAGGGGACCAGUGUGAAUAAGAUGAGUCACGGGCUGUGA